ACCGUCGAUACACCUGUGUUAUCCCCGAAGGCGCAGAGCAUCGGCAACAGCACGGCGUUGACCUACAUUUUUCCCGAUGGCGCCGGAGGGACGUCCGCACCCCAGGCGCCCCAGGACGUCGCGGCGUUCUACAAUUUCCCGCUGGUGGGAGAGAGCACCGCGACCGGCCCGAUCGGUCUCAUCGAACCAGGCGUCGGCAGCUACCUCGGCAGCAGCCCCGACGGCGUGAUCGGCGCCGACUUCCAGUCGCGACUCGACGCAUAUCUGGCCAGUUCCCAGAUCGGUCAGACCGGCACCGGGCAGGUGACUGUCCAGGGUAUCAACGGACAGACUUCGACCGCGGGUGAACGCUCGCUGGAUGUCGGCAUCGUCGCCGCCAUCAAUCCGAACAGCGACAUCGUCCUCUACAACGGAUCGGGGCAGAACACGCCGGCAAGCGCCGGCAGCGGCACGGGCAUCAAUGGCCUGCCGACGACCGGAUACGCCCAGGCUUCGGUCUUCACGGCCGUCCAGAGUUCGAUCUGGGAUCCCAACUACGCCGCGGUGACGUCCAACUCCUGGGGCGAUUCGCAGAGCAUGACGCCGGGCUCGCCGUUCUACAUCGCUUAUUGGCAGCUCUUCAUCGAUGCGGCAUUGCGAAACCAGACCACCUUCAUCGCCUUGGGCGACGGUGGCUCGGGCAACGAGACCAGCAACGGCGUGACCAACGUCGAAUACAACGUCACGCAACCCUACAACAUUCUCGUGGGCGGCACGUCGCUGUCGAGCUUCGAUACCGCAGAAGCCGACGACACGCUGAAUCCCGGGCUUUAUUCGCUGGCCCUGGCCGGCGAUCUGCCGAUCAUCUGGGCACUGGUGCAGGGAGGCCUGACGACGCUGCCGACCGACGCGGCCAGCGUCCAAUACUUCGUCGAGACAGUCUGGAACGCGUAUUAUGUCCAGGGCGACAUGAUUACCGGCGAGCCCAACCUCGCCUGGGAGACCGGAUAUUACCAGAAUUCCACGAGCUCGGGCGGGGUCGACCCGACCCAGCCCGUUCCGUCCUAUCAGCAGAACUACGGCCUCAAUCCGGUAACCACCGAUCCACUGGCCCAGACCGGACGGGGCGUUCCCGAUGUGGCCGCAAAUGGCGGCGGUAACCUCAUGUAUACGGUGCCGCCAGCCGACAUGGGAGGCAACGAUGCCGCCACCAUGCCCGGAAGCGGCACGAGCGCUGCGGCGCCCUUGUGGGCCUCCCUGGGAGUCCAGCUCAAUGCCGUCUUUACCGACCAGGGGUUGCCCAAUCUCGGCUACAUGAACGACCUGCUCUACAUCGCCUCCGCGAUCGCACCGGCUUCGUUCAACGAUGUGCUCUAUCGGCAACAACAACUCUUCGUUCCUGAAGGGGGGCGACUAUCGGACCCUUGGCGAGAACUCCGGCUACAGCCACGUGACUCCCACGGGAUACGGAUACGAAGCGGGCGAGGGUUACGAUCUCGUUUCGGGACUGGGCACGCCCAACGGGCUGGUGCUGGCGCGUACGCUGACGACGAUCGCCCAUACCCAGACCUACGACCUUGCCAAUCACGUUUCGUAUGCGGUGAUCGAUCCCGUCACCGGCGCCAGCACCGGGUCGCAGACGCUGCUGGUACAGAACAAUUUCAUCGGCGCCGGCGUCCUGGUGCAGGUGGACGGAACCGAUGCCGUGAGCAUGGACGGCAACAGCGCGUUCGGCUGGACCAGCCGUCUGGCCGGGCAAGUAGUCCAGGGAGACAACUUCGACAGCGAUUUGAUGCCGUUGCUGGACGGCGCGAUGAAGUCCGCCCCGUACCAGAUCGGCGUGUCGGCGGGCGACGUCCUGGGCGUUACGGCGAACGGCACGGCGCUCGAUGCCUAUCAGGCGCUGCUGACCAAUGA